AUGGGCGUUGAAUCCUGCUCGGGCCAUUGGCUGCUAAACGCUGAGAAUCGUGCGGGUUGCUCUUACAUGACCAAGAAGUCAUUUUUGUUCUCGGAUGACUUCGACUCGCAAAGUUUCCCCAACGCUUCGAAAAGCGGGAGUCCAAGGACCGAGGCAAGAAGCGCCCCAAUCACGACAAAAUAA